UCCACCACCAUGCUUUCCCUCGCCCGCACUUCUCUCGCGCGCCCCACGACGGCGCUGGCCCGCGCGGCUGUCGCCGUUCCCGCGCGUGCGUACUCGUACGAGCGCUCCUCCGGAGACCGCCCGAGCCGUCCCUAUGGUGACCGCCCGAACCGGUUCGGUGGUGAGACGCGCUCAUUUGGCGACCGCGAUAACCACCGUGAAGGCCGCUCUUAUGGCGACCGUGACAACCGCCGCGACAACCGCUCUUACGGCGACCGCCCGCAGCGCGGCUUCCGGUCCAAUCGGCCCGACUACCGUGGAGAGGGCGGGUCGUCGGCGACAACGGAGGUCCCUCUCGCGUCGAUUGCGAAGCGGACGCCCGAGACGGCGCCCACGCUGCUGACUCUGGCGGACCGGUCUGUCGAGGAGAUUGUGGCGCUCGUCGAGGCUGCCCUCGUCUUCAAGCUUACGCAGAAGAACUUUGGCCCGCGCUUUGUCGGGCCAAGCAUGGCCAACCGCUCGAUUGCCAUGAUCUUCUCCAAGCGCAGCACGCGUACCCGUGUCGCAACCGAGACGGCAACCAGCACGCUCGGUGGUGUCCCCAUGUUCCUCGGCCGCGACGACAUCCAGCUCGGCGUCAACGAAAGCCUGUACGACAGCGCCAAGGUUAUUGGCUCGAUGGUCGACGGAAUCAUGGCCCGCGUCGGCAAGCACGAGGAGGUCGAGACGCUCGCCAAGCACGCUGGCAUCCCUGUUAUCAACGCCCUCUCGGACCUGUACCACCCCACGCAGAUCCUUGCCGACAUCCUCACGAUCGUCGAGGCCGACCAGGGGCCGUUCGUCAUCCCCGAGUCCAUCGGCAGCCGGGAUUCCAAGCCCCGCUUCGUGCGCAAGUGGGUGCGCGAGAACGUGGACAUCAAAGCCGCACUGCAGGGCAAGAAGAUGGCGUGGGUCGGCGACUCGAACAACAUCUCCAACGAGCUGCUCGUCACUCUCCCCCGCUUCGGGAUGGAGUUCGCCCUCGCCGCGCCCAAGGGCUACGACGCGAUCGACCCGCGCGUCGCCGCGGUGCUGGAGCAGCAGGGUGUCGCCGACAAGAUCACGUACACCAACGACCCCGCCGUCGCCGUCAAGGACGCCGACUUCUUGGUCACGGACACUUGGAUCAGCAUGGGCCAGGAGGAGGAGGCCGCCGCCCGUAUCAAGGCGUUUGAGGGGUACCAGAUCACGAUGGACAUGGCGAACUCGCACGGCGCCAAGGCCGACUGGAAGUUCAUGCACUGCCUCCCGCGCCACAAGGAGGAGGUUGACGACGAGGUCUUCUACUCGGACCGCUCGCUCGUCUUCCCCGAAGCCGAGAACCGCAAGUGGACUAUUAUGGCGUGCAUUGACGCCAUGGUCGGGUACUGGACCCCCGCGCGGCUCCCGCUCCAGUCGCAGGACACCAUGGAGUGAUGCGAGGUCGAAGACGGCACCAGACCAGAUGUAGAAAAUGUAGCGACGUCACACUCCUCUAUCUCGAUUGCAACGAGUUUCCAGCAAUAGCAACAAGCAUGCAGGCAUACAAGGCACCAAUACCG